UUAGUAUAUUUAGAAAGACACAAUUUAAGGUAUAAAUUUACUCUUGAAUAAUAUGGAAAACACAGUUGUCACAAAUGCAAAACCUACUUCGAACUUGGGCCUUAUUCUACUUGCAUUUACUGUUUUCGUAUUCCUUGUAAAUGUCUUAACAUAUAGUUGUUCAUGGUACGGUAGAAAACCAAUGACCCCUGAAGAGCUAGCAGGUGAUAAAGAGAAAUAUUUUGAAGAUAAAAAACCGUGGAAUACUGCAGUAUUUUAUUUAUUAGGAGCAUCUACUUUUGCAACAUUUGUUCAAAUGAUAAUUAUAAUGUGGCAAGCAUGGGGCAUACAUAAAACUUCAAAAGCAGAAAUUUUGAAAAAGAAUCAAUUACAAGAAUCAUCGAACUUCGUUUAAACUAAAAUAUUUAAUUUAUUAUUCUAAAAGGGAAAAAUAUGUUUUUGAAAAUUUUAUCAUAUAUUUAGUACCACAUUUAUCCUACCAUUGAGACAAAUUAAAAAUUAUUAACAAUUGCUAAUGGAUAAAAAAUCGAUUCAUUAUGGAUUAUUUAUCAUAUUCAUGAUAGUCAGCUUGACUAUUUUAAUUGUCAAUGUGAUUUUAGCUGUUUAUAAUGCUCAUUAUAAAGAGAAAUUUGAUGAAUAUUGGAGUGGAGAGGAAGCUGACAAUUUGAGAACAAGCUAUAAUAAUAUUUUCGACGUAUGUCUAACAAUAUCUUCAAUAUCAGCGGCAUUAGGAUUCAUAAUUGCAGGAAUUAGAUAUUUACUUGGAGAUAGUGAUGGUAGUCUUUCGAAAACUUCAUCUGAAGGUGAUAUUGUUUUAUUCGAACGUCCCAAGUUCAUAGAUACUAGUAUGGUAUCAACUCCCAUGACACCUCAACCUGGUCCAUCCUAUGCUUAAGAAUUAUUUGAUGAUAUUCGCGAAAUAAUUAUAUUUUACUCCAAAUAUUUAACAUAAAGAUUAAUAUUGAAAUGAAUCGAUCUUCGAAAUGACAAAUUUUUUGAUGAAUUAUUAAUUAAUAUUUGAUGAACAAAUAAAUAGAUGGUAUUAAAUAAUAUAUAAAAGGAAGGUGGUUUGGAAUAGAAGUCAUGGAUAUGUUUUAUAGAAAAAAUGUGUAUUAAUGAACAUAAGAUUUUUUACAUUAUAUUUUAUAAUUUUGCACAUUUUAUUGACAUACGUUCUUAUCUACUACUUUAAUACAUAAUUGAAAAUUUGGUUCCUGUACAUAGUAAAGUGAUGUUAAUGAAGAAUUUUCAUUGAAAAUUUCAAGACAAUCGAUGAAAGAAUUAUUUCAAUAAAUUUAUCAACGUAUAAAAAAAUUUAUAAAUGACACAAAAAUUUUU